AUUUGUAUACUUUACAUACUUCAAUGUAAUUGCGAUUAAUUGCACUCUAGGCACCUGCGUCGUACAAUACGCACGCGUAGUCUCUAGCUGUUUUCUAUACAUUCAUUCACACAGAUUAUAUAUACAGAAGAGAGAAAGAGAGGGAGAAAUUAGUGAUGGUAAAGUGGCUAGUUCACAGUUCUCUCUGGGCACCGGUUUGCUGUUUAAUAACACUAUUAAUUAUCUUCUCCUAAAACGGCAAAAAUCAUUUUGGCCCAUGGUAUAUUAAUGCAGAAGAGCGGCAACGUUGGUACCGAUGCUGUUUCAGUUGUUAACCUCGAUGUUACUCUUGGUUAUUCUUCGAAUGGAAGUGCUGUUGAUACGAUCUUGGCAGUUCUCGUCGCGUAUUCCGUUCGGGGGUAUUUUUUUCAGAAAAUCGUGUAUGGAAUAAAACAUAUUUGUUAAGUCUUUUGUAAUGACACCCAUGAUUCAUUUAUAAUGAACAUCGAUUGCAAUUGACAGACAGUCGAAAGGAGGAUAAUUUCCUUGUUAGGUUACUAAUCGAUAAUGUCAAUCAAAGUCAGGCAAUUAUCAUGUUUCCGAAAUUAUGCCAAGCAAUCACAAAACAGCACUGUUGGCUUGAGAUUUAAAUAACCAUGAACAGUAGUUUGUAACAGUCACAAUGAGGGGAAGUGCAUUCGAGUUAAUGCCAUUGUAUCAUCAAAAUGGAAGCGGAAGAGAAAUUUGUCAUUGGAUAACGCAUAUUAAGUUGUCUAGAAUCAUAAUAUUAACUUCUGCAGUCUUAUUUAUUGUACCGUUAUUUACUCAUUAUUAUUUGUCAAAGGUGGAAUCUGAUUCUCCGGAUAGAGAUAUUUAUCGUACGUUUUCCACAUUGGAAGCUUUUGAAGAUUUUACUCCUAUGAAAGCUUCUCAGUUAAAAAUGAGAAUAGAGGAGAUGUUACAUAUUAAAGUUUCUGUAAAUAAUGAGCUUAGAGACUUGAGUGCAAAAAGGCAGAGGCUUCAAGUUGAAGUUAGCAGUUUAACUCAAAAAAUUGAUGAGCUGAAACAAGAGCUAUUGCAUCAACAAACGGACCUUGAUAGAUUAAAAAUCAGUGUCGAGCAGGCACAAGUAGCUCAGAGAGAAGCAGUGGAAAGAAAUACACCAGAAUUGGCACCUCCUAAACGUAUAUUAAUGGAAUCUGUUCCUGUAGUAUUACCGAGUACUAUACCGCAUUCAUGUAAAAUGUACAAUUGCUUCGAUCAUAGUCGCUGUGCGUUAACAAGCGGUUUUCCAGUAUAUUUGUACGAUCCGGAUCAAUUUUCGGUAGUUAAUCCUGGUUGGGAUAUUGAUGGAUUUCUAAAAACGACUAUUAAACAGACAUUAGGAUACAACCCACAUCUUACUGCAAAUGCAGCUGAGGCUUGUAUAUACAUAGUACUCAUAGGAGAAGCCCUUUCCGCUCAACAAAAAGUUGAUAAAAAAUAUCGUAAAGCUAUAGAUGUAAGAAAAUUGCACGAGCUUCCCUAUUGGGGCGGCGAUGGCAGAAAUCACGUUUUAUUAAAUCUAGCGCGUAGGGAUCUGUCCGUAGAGUCUGGAAAUAUCUUCAACAGCAUAGAUACGGGAAGAGCUAUAAUAGUGCAAUCAACAUUUUAUAGAGAUCAAUUUCGCGAAGGUUUCGAUUUGGUUAUUCCUCCGAUUUUGGGGCCCCCGGGUGGCGACGUGUGGCAAGAAUGUGCGCAAAUGUUACCUGCGAGGAGAAAAUAUUUAUUAUCUUUUCAAGGAGAAAUGAGAUCUCCAAGAGUUACAACCAUGAUACAUCAAAUUGACGAUGCCGACGUAGAUUUGGAGAAAUUAGCAGUCGAUGAGAAUAAUUUGGAUAUUUUCAUUAUCCAACACCUUAAAGAUAUGAGUACCGGAACGACAUUGGACAAAUUUUUUAUUCAAUUUGAAUGUAUACCGGCUUCGGAGGAAAAGAGCGUCGUAGAAAUUCUCGAUUGGUCUCUGUGCGGAACCGAUUCCUCCAGGAAAACAAUACUAAAGGAAUCCACGUUUGCUUUGAUAUUAGCACCGAGUAAUGCUUCGUUCAUGACCACAUCUUCGAUGCAAGCUAGAUUGUACGAAGCUCUACGAUCGGGAUCCAUUCCAGUAUUUUUAGGCGGUGAUCAAAUCUUAUUAAGUUACAACGAAGUCAUUAGUUGGCGUAGAGCAGCAAUCUUUUUGCCAAAGGCCAGAGUAACUGAAAUGCAUUUUCUGUUGCGCGCGGUUCCCGACACUGAUCUGUUAAGUAUGCGUAGACAGGGCAGAUUAAUAUGGGAACGUUACCUGAGUACUGCUCAGGGCGCAGUUGAUACUAUUGUAGCAGUAAUUAGGGAUCGACUCGGAAUACCCCCGUUACCAGCGCCACAAACUGCCAGUCCAAGUGUCUUUAAUGAAACUUUUGUGUCUUUAAAAUCUGAUGCUAUUAUUGCUGAGCCAGAAGCUGAGGAAAGUUUGGGUCCUCUUGAACCACCAUAUCCAUCUCCAGCUUUUAAGAGAAAUUAUACCACAAUGUUGCUUCAAAGUCACGAGAUCUGGAACGAUUGGGUGGAUCCAUUCUAUUUAUACCCACAAUUGCCUUUUGAUACCGUCCUUCCUAGUGACGCGAAAUUCCUUGGAUCCGAAGUAGGAUUUAGACCAAUUGGUAAGGGGGCUGGAGGCGCAGGCAAAGAAUUUAGCGAGGCCCUGGGCGGAAAUUAUCCAAGAGAACAAUUUACAAUUAUAAUGUUAACUUACGAACGUGAACAGGUCCUUAUAAACUCGUUAGCUCGCCUUUAUGGGCUACCAUAUUUAAAUAAAGUUCUAGUAGUAUGGAAUAGUCCUAAACCACCCAUGGAAGAUUUAAAGUGGCCAGAUAUUGGAGUUCCAAUUCAUGUGAUAAAGGCACCAAGGAAUAGUUUAAAUAACAGAUUUCUCCCAUUUGAUGCCAUCGAAACGGAAGCUGUCCUUUCAGUCGACGACGAUGCUCAUUUAAGACACGAUGAGAUUAUGUUUGGAUUUAGAGUGUGGCGGGAACAUCGAGAUCGCGUAGUUGGAUUUCCCGGCCGUUUUCACGCAUGGGACCAGAAUUAUCACAACGCUUGGAAUUAUAAUUCCAAUUAUUCGUGCGAACUGUCGAUGGUUUUAACCGGUGCUGCUUUCAUUCAUAAGCACUAUACAUAUCUGUACACCCAUUGGUUACCGCAAGCUAUACGAGAUAAGGUUGACGAAUACAUGAAUUGCGAGGAUAUAGCUAUGAAUUUUCUUAUCUCCCACAUCACGAGAAAACCACCUGUCAAGGUUACGUCACGUUGGACUUUUAGAUGUCCCGGUUGUCCAGUUUCUCUUUCAGAAGAUGACACUCAUUUCCAGGAGAGGCACAAGUGCAUUAAUUUCUUCUCUCAGGUUUUCGGAUACAUGCCACUUUUAAAUACACAAUAUCGAGCUGAUUCGAUAUUAUUUAAAACACGAAUUCCGCACGAUAAGCAAAAGUGUUUUAAAUUUAUAUAAAGAAUUAAUACACAUACGCGUGUUCGGUAAUUGUCACUUGAUAGAAUUUACAUGGUUUUGAUAACAUUUUGACUGAAUUGAUAGAUAUUUCCUAUACAGUAUAUCAAAGCGUCUAAUAAACGUUUUAGAAUUUAUUAUCGUCCUCUCUUUUUUAUUGUAUUUUUUUUUAUCGAUAUACAUUAUAUUGUUUGAUCAAAAUAAAAAUUUUUAAAUUGCUAGAAAAAUCGAAAAAUUUAAACAGCGAAAAAGUAACUGUGUAAAUAUAUCAUAAAGGAUAUAGGAUACAAGUGCAAUAAUCUUUUUACGUCGUCACAUGCAUCAUACGUUACGUCAGAUUAAUUAACCCUUUACGGUCAAGCGUAAUAAAUUUAUGUACGUGAUGAUUAUUACCGAUCAGGAUAAUUUUUUCAAGACACAAAGCAGGACGGAAAAUAUAAUAUAUCAAGAUUGUAGGUACAAUACACAUAUGUGUAGACGAAAAAAAGUCCUGGAAAGGUAGGUCAAAAUUAUUUAUCGAUAUUAAUUUAUUUCAAGUAUGACCAAUUUGAUCGAAAUUUUCGAAUGGCUAUCGUUACAUACGACAACUGUAAUACAAUUGUAAAUAACAGUAUAAAAUAUACUGCCUAUCAAUAGAAUGUAUAUAGAAUAAUUAAACGUAAAAUACGCAAGACGACUAAAUUUUGGCAAUAUCGGUAAAUGAGUUGAGAAACGUAUGAAAAUUUACAUUGAAAAAUCAACGAAGAAUAUUUGUGGCAACGAUAAUCGUGUCGUCCCGUAUUUUACUUAUAAGUUGUUUUAAGUUUACCGAGCUUAAAUCUUAUCACUGUUAUCGUGUAUCAUGCCAUUGUAAUGUGCCAAAUUUUUAUAAUUUAUUUAUGUUCUCUGGGCUAGGUUAAUUUAUCCUUAAUUAUUUGCUACUUUCGAUAUUAAUUUUGAAAUUGCAUAAUACUCUAAAAGACUAUUUGUAAAUACAUGUACCGCACACCUUUUGAUCUUGUAUCAUUUAAUGCGAGUAUUCGCAAUUACUAUAAAAUACACUAUA